AUGCAGCCUAAAGUGCAGGAAAUAGGAGAUUACAUAGUUCUCCAAACUAUAGGAGUUGGAGCUACAGGUAAAGUGAAAUUAGGUGAGCAUAAAACGAAACAUACUCUUGCAGCGAUUAAAAUAUUUAAAAAAUCAAGUUUCGAAGCUCGGCCAGAUUUACAGCAAAAAAUCCAAAGGGAGACUGCAUUGAUGCGGUUGCUUGACCACCCUCAUUUAUUGAAGCUGAAAGAGAUCUGUGAGUCUCCAAGGCAUAUCUAUGUUAUUUUAGAGUACGCUGCGCAUGGUGAAUUAUUCGAUUAUCUCAUGUCGCGACGAGCUCUUACCGUAGAGACAGCAAUGAAGUUUUUCAGGCAAAUUAUUUACGGUCUUGACUAUCUUCAUUCAAAUAACAUUUGCCACAGAGACUUGAAACCCGAAAAUAUCCUCCUAGAUGACAAUGAUAACAUUAAAAUUGCAGAUUUUGGCUUCGCGCGCUGGAUGACUGCGAAUAUUGCAGAAACAUCUUGCGGAUCUCCGCAUUAUGCGUCCCCCGAAAUCGUUAAAGGCAUUCCGUACGAUGGAAGGCUAGCAGAUAUUUGGUCAUGCGGCGUUGUUUUGUAUGCUUUGCUUUCUGGCCGCCUUCCAUUCGACGAUCCGUCCUUCAGAAACCUUGUAGCCAAGGUCAAAGCAGGACAAUACAGGAUGCCAGACUUCCCACCUGACAUCAAAGACCUCAUUUCGAGGAUGUUACAAGUUGAUCCCGCAAAAAGGAUCACAAUCGAACAGAUUAAGCAUAACAGAGCAUUUAGAAUAGACUUACCCAGACGUUAUACGAUUCCUAGCCCUCUACCGAAAAUUACAAAGAUUGACCCAAUCGAUAUCAACCAAGUUGACGAAGCCGUCAUUGGCGCGCUCAUUGAUAUCGGUAUUCCUGAAGAUCAGUUACCAGAUCUUCUCAAAAGCGAAGAAUUCAACCAGGCAAAGUAUUUUUGCCACAUUUUAACACAAAAAAUCGCUCUCGAUAAACUUCCGUGGUCUGUCAUUAAAGAAGAGAAACCAGCUGACCAAGACGAUGGAGCUUUCUUUAUACAAGCGCCUGGACCAAUGUCAGGAAACUUCCAAGCUCGAGAUCCUUAUCAAAGGAACAAAAGCUACGGAGAAUCCAACAGUAUGGUCACAUACUCAAUGGUUGAUAAGACAGACUAUGUUGAAACGGAUUUCGUAAUGCCAGAAGGCUCUUCAAGACAAAUUACAGAUAUCUCAAUUCAACUCGAAAAUGUUUUCGGUCUUAUUCAAGGCAAAUUACUGGAAAAGGGAUUCGAUUGGUUCCAUCCCAAUGACCACAUAAUUUACGCUCAUCGCAAGAAUAUCGAACCAAACUCUUACUACGUUAUUCAAGCGAGCUUUCAGAAUGACGAACUAUUUACCCUUACGGUGAAAGUUCAAGGAGAUUCCUCGAGAUUCUUGGAAUUCUUCACUGAUAUAGAGAAUAUUGUUAAAAUGAAUCAUAAUUAA